GUGUGUGUGUGUGUGUGUGUGUGUGUGUGUGUGUGUGUGUGUGUGUGUGUGUGUGUGUGUGUGUGUGUGUGUGUGUGUGUGUGUGUGUGUGUGUGUGUGUGUGUGUGUACUUGCCUUUAUCACAAAGUGGGGACUUUGACCGGAGAAAGGACUCACGCGGUGGGGACCGUUUGACAGGUGGGGACACACACUCGGUCCCCAUCAUGUUUUUGCUAUAGAUGAGCCUAGGACCCCAUUAUAAACUGUCUCAAUACAAAAAUUUAGGUUGUCCUAAAAGUCAUGAAAUUUCGAAAAAGUGUGUUAUGUGUGUAUUUUGGAGGUGCUCAGUAUCGCCACCUAUGGCCAACCAGUGUAACUGCAUGUCUCUCUUACACACACACACAUCCGAGACAUCGACCAAUCAGAUCCAAGAAAACAAAACAUGCAAAUUAGUAGAGAUUUUCCGGAAGUACAGCCGCCAUGUUGGGAACUUUGAUGUCUGCAUGCACCUGAGACAGCGUCGACCAACUUCACGGAUUAAAGACUAACAUGCGACGACAUCGACUCAAUCCCAUGCAUGAUGCAUGUGAUCAUGCAGCCAAUGCCAGGGACAAGACUCAAAUGCUGGACGUGAAAUACAUCAGUCCUCAAAAAGGCCGUGGUGUCUUUACCUUAGCACCAUUCCAGCAGGGUGAGUUUGUGGUAGAAUACAGAGGAGUGGUCAUUGAUGCAGCAGAAGCUGAGCACAGGCGAAGAAUUUACCAUAAAGACUGUGCCUUUAUGUUUGACUUUAAAUGGAAACGCAAAUGGUGGUGCAUUGAUGCAACAUUAGAAGACAACACUCUUGGGAGAUUGGUGAAUGAUGACCAUAAGACUCCUAAUUGCCGCAUGAAGUUAAUUGAGGCUGAUGGUAAACCACAUCUCUGUUUGUUUGCCCUCCGUGACAUCGGCCAAGGAGAAGAGAUCACUUAUGAUUAUGGUGGGACAGACUGGCCUUGGAGAAAUGAGUCUUCCAAGAAGUGCAACUUGCAAGCAAGCACCUCAAUGAAACCUGAGGGAGGAGCCAAUUCAAAAGUGCAGGAGAAGGGUGAUGAUGCUACUUGCAGCCUUGAAAAUGUGCCUUCUACCAGCGAAUGUCCAACUCCUGCCACUCAGCUCCGAGUUCCGGUGGAGCCCCGUGAGCUCCGAGCCUCACGGCCGAGCGGAGCCCCGCGAGCCCCGCGGCCGAGCCGAGCCCCGCGAGUCCCGCGGCCGGCCGAGCCGAGCCCCGCGAGUCCCGCGGCCGGCCGAGCCCCGCGAGCCGCGGCCGGGCCGAGCUCCGAGCCCCGCGAGUCCCGCGGCCGGGCCGAGCUCCGAGCCCGCGAGUCCCGCGGCCGGGCGAGCUCCGAGCCCCGCGAGUCCCGCGGCCGGGCCGAGCUCCGAGCCCCGCGAGUCCCGCGAGUCCCGCGGCCGGGCCGAGCUCCGAAUCCCGCGGGACUCGAGUCUUUCUUUUUUCUUUCAGACGCCCCCGAGGCGUCCAAAUAG